AUGUCUGUUCUACUAAAUCAAUUUGAACAGCCUGUUGGUAAACCAAUAUACGAUUGGACUGUAAGAAAACUUCCUGAGGAUAUUGUGGUCCAUGGUGAACAUUGUCUAGUCGAAUCUCUUGAUGUUAACAAACAUGCAGAGGAUCUUUUUAAAGCUUAUAAUGCUUCUCCGGACUCUAUUUGGACGUACCUUCCCUCUGAACCCCGUCGCACGUUCAGUGAAUUGAAAGGUUAUCUCGAAGGUCUUGCCAAACUACCACUUUCCAAGACUUACGCAAUCAUUAACAAGAAGACUGGAAAAGCUGUUGGGACGUUUUCAUUGAUUAGGACGGACAUCAAUAAUGGGGUCAUUGAAGUAGGAUUCGUCCUCUUUUCAAAAGAUAUGCAAAGGACGUUGAUAUCCACAGAAGCCCACUAUCUGCUAAUGAACUAUGUUUUCGAAGAUUUAGGGUAUCGAAGAUAUGAGUGGAAAUGUGACAGUUUAAACAAACCAUCGGGUAACGCAGCUCAAAGACUUGGAUUUAAAUUUGAGGGUACGUUCCGAAAUGCAAUGAUUUACAAACAAAGAACUCGAGACACAUGCUGGUUUUCCAUCAUUGACGAAGAAUGGGCAGUUGCUCGGACUGCCUUUAAGAACUGGUUGUCGAAAAAUAACUUCGACCAAGCUGGGAAACAAUUAGAAUCAUUACUGGAGAUAAGAAGCCGCCUCUGA